AAAAAUCUUCAGGACUACCAAGCAGGGUGUAAACUUUAAUAAUCGACAUCCGGAGUCCGCACUAAUCGUGGCCAGUUUUGAUCCAGAAACCAGUCUAGAAUUGAUGCGAAAUCGACAAAAAUCCUAACCGGUAUACCCUAGUUUCAGUAUAGCACCGGUUCAGUCUGGGAUCAGCUGGAAUCGGCGGAUCCGAACCGAUCUGAUUUUCAAACCCUGCUACCAAGCAUGGAUUUCCUUUCCUACGAGCAGGAGCGAGACUCCAAGUUUUUACUCUUCCCGCAUGUUCUGUGAGCUAAGGCAUCGGCCAUACGGGGGCCGUGGAGGAGCCGGCGAAACAGCUUAGUAGUAGUGGGCAUCGCUGCUUGAUCUCAUACACAAUCAAUUGAAAAAGCGAGACGGGUAAUUCCACCCAUGGGCGCCUCCGAAUCCACACUGGCGAACUUGCAGUCACAGCAUCCGGGAGAUGUAAUAACCACCGUCUCCGAGAGAACAGAGAGCGUCGAUCCCCUUUUAGAGCGGCUCAAGUCUCUGGAAAUUGCAACGCCCAUUUUGACGUCUCCGCCGGCGGAGAAUAGCUUGACUGAUAUCCUUGUGAAGAAACCUUCCUCGACUUCGGUUACUGGUGGGUUUGUUGCAUCUCAACAACUUACUGCGUUUUUGGUUAGUACUUUAAAUCCCAAGGUCCUACUGGAGCUCUUCUCAAUGUACCGUGAUUGGCAGGAAGAGAAGGCCAGAAAGAUCAGCCAGAGGCAGGAGGAGAUAGAAAACAAAAUAGAAGUGGCUGAUGCUUUGGCAGUAAAACUUCUUCAGCGUUUUAAUUAUUCAGUGUCUACUAUGAGGACAACUGCACAUAAUCUAUCGGAAGUUCAUCCAUUGCAGGUGGAGGUAGGGGAGCUGAAGGGUAGGCUUACCGAGGUAUUAAGUAAUUGUGAUGCAUUGUGCAAGAGAAUUGCUGUAGAGGGUCCAGAAUCACUUCGUUCAUCUGUCAAACCAUUUGCUAUGUCCAAGACUGAUGUAGAACUUGAUCAUGGCUCUUCACCCAAAAUUUCAACAAGAAACUCAACUCCGACUUGAGCCCUAGGUAUCCUUGUUUUGAGAUCUUAUCUUCCCCAUCCAACCCCCCCCCCCCCCCCCAAAAACCAAAAACCCCUCUUUUGUAAAUAUUCUUUCGUUGAUGGUUUUCAGAAAGGAGAAAUUUUGCGUAAUCAGACAGUAACCAAUCUGUAUUCGUAAUGUAUUGAUUGAUAUAUGGGGUUUCAGCUUGCA